AUGUGUCAUUGGCAGUCGGUCACCUUCUGGCUUGCCCUGGUCUUGUUGGCAUCUCCACUCAAGGCCAUAUGGGAACUGGAGAAAGAUGUUUAUGUUGUAGAGUUAGAUUGGUACCCUGAUGCCCCAGGAGAAACAGUGGUCCUCACCUGCGACACCUCUGAAGAAGAUGGCAUCACCUGGACUUCAGACCAGAGCAAUAAGGUCUUAGGCUCUGGCAAAACCCUGACCAUCCUAGUCAAAGAGUUUGGAGAUGCUGGCCAAUACACCUGCCACAAAGGAGACAAGGUUCUGGGCCAUUCACUCGUGUUGCUUCACAAAAAAGAAGAUGGAAUUUGGUCUACUGAUAUUUUGAAGGACCAGAAAGAACCUAAAAGUAAGACCUUUCUAAAAUGUGAGGCAAAGAAUUAUUCUGGGCAUUUCACCUGUUGGUGGCUGACGGCAAUCAGUACUGACGUGAAAUUCAGUGUCAAAAGCAACAGAGGCUCUUCUGACCCCAAAGGAGUGACAUGUGGAGCACCAACACUGUCUGCAGAGAGGGUCAGUGUGGACCACUGGGAGUAUAAGAAGUACUCAGUGGAGUGUCGGGAGGACAAUGCCUGUCCUGCUGCUGAGGAGAGCCUGCACCUUGAGGUGAUGCUGGAUGCUAUUCACAAGCUCAAAUAUGAAAACUACACCAGCAGCUUCUUCAUCAGAGACAUCAUCAAACCUGAUCCACCCCAAAACCUGCAGAUGAAGCCAUUGAAGAAUUCCCGGCGUGUGGAGGUCAGCUGGGAGUACCCUGAUACCUGGAGCACCCCACACUCAUACUUCUCCCUGACAUUCUGUGUUCAGGUGCAGAACAAGAACAAGAGAGAAAAGAAAGAUAGGCUCUGUGUGGACAAGACCUCGGCCACAGUCAUGUGCCACAAGGAUGCCAAGAUUCGUGUGCAAGCCCGGGACCGCUACUAUAGCUCAUCUUGGAGCGAAUGGGCAUUUGUAUCCUGCGAUUAGAUUCCAAUGCCAGAAUGUUGCUUUGGAGGAGAAGUGGAAGAUGUUAGGCAAAAUUUUAAAGACAUGGUAGAAUAGACCAAAAAACUAUUUUCUAUUUAUUUUGUUUUUCUAAAAAAAUGUUUGGAUCAUAAUGAUGUAUUUCCUAUAUUUUUACAUUUAGAUGCUAAAUGUCCACUGAAACAAUCACCUAAUUUAUUCAUAGAUUUUCUAGCUUUCAAGUUGCCACUGACCUUAAUGUUAUUUAAAUAUUUAAAUAAUUUAUGUAUUUAUUAAUUUGUUACUAUUAUUUAAGGUGUGUGUGCCAGGAUGUUUUGAAUGUUUCAGUCUCAUGACCUGAUCCAUAAGGAUCAGGCCCUAUUUUAUAAAAUGUGUUAUUUAUACCGACGACUUUUCAAGCAAGCCUGAAAGUACAUUGGCUUUAUGACAAUUAGUAAGAACAUGAUGUUCUGAUGCCAGGACACUGUAUAUCUGUGAUGGAUGAGAACACAAGAGAUUUAAAUGGUGAAUGAAGACUCAGAUCUGCUGAAGGGAACAUGGAUAAGAUGAUGCUAUUUCCCAUAUCCAUGAAGUCAUCCUUGCAGGGGUAUUGAUCAAGCAAACAAUUCAGGGUCACCUAUGCUUCCAAGCAGUUUUGGUCUUUGGAUGCCUGAUUUUUAAAAAGAGCUAAAAAAAAAAAAAAAAGACUGAAAUUACAGUUCAGCUUCAGCAUCCCUAGCAGUCCAUGCCUCACCUCUCUGAGGCGCAGGAGGGUGGUAGCAUGACUGUCCAGAAGAUCAAAAGACCUUAGAGUUCAAGAGGGAGGAAAAGUGUAGUGAUGGCUAAGGACAUAAGAUUGUCAGAAUUGCAGGUGGCUUCUAAAUGACCAUGCAAAAAAGGCACACAGUUGCAGAGGAAACGAUCUAGAAUCUCUCCUCAUCAACACGAACGAACCUGAAUCCAACGUGACCAGGAAGUAAUGCUCCACAAAGGUGCUACUUUUAAGUAAUGAUUAUGCUUCCUAGAAAGUGAUUAUAUCUGUUAUCUGUGUAUUUAUUUAUUUAUUUAUUUAUUUUUGCAUUCCAAGACCAAACUAAUAAAAACUUUUUUUGCAAUCA